AGCGCCCCCGGAGCGGCUCGAGCUGCGCGAGGCCGCGCCCGCCGGGCCCCCGCGGGAUGGCACCCGACAGGGGGGCGCGCGCGCAGCGGCGCUCCGCCGCCGGAGGGCCGCCCUGCGGCUCGCCGCGGCGCCGGCCCCGCGUCGCGUACCUCUACACCGUGAUGUCUCUGCUCCGCAGCUGCCGCUUGGUGAGCAGCGAGGCGCCGACUCUGCCCAAGUUCAAGUGGGGCCAGUCGAAGGAGAAGGUGUUCCUGACCAUCUCCGUGCGGGACCUGCGGCAGGGCUCCGAGCGCGUGGAGUUCGAGGAGGACAGGGUGCGCUUCUCCGCCUCGGACGCCGAGGGCAAGGCCUAUGGCCUGGACCUGGAGCUGAGGCAGGACGUCGACCCUGCGGCCUGUGCGUGGGAGCCGCUCCCGCGGCCAGACCGCCACGGCAAGUCUGUGCUGGUCACCCUUGCCAAGCGCUUCCCGUCGGCGUGGGAUUCCCUUGUGACCGACGCGGGCCGCUACCGCAAGGUCAUGGAGCGGGAUUGGGCCCGGGAGGACGACAAGCUCGGCUCCGCGGAGGAGGACCAGUAUGAGCGCGGCUGUCGCGCCCAGGCGACGAUGGACAAGCUGGGCAGCAUGCGGGAGGGCGUGGAAGCCCUGGUGCUGAACGUGCGCCACGCGGGCUGCGCCCAGUGCAAGG